AGCUUUGCUCCGGGUUCAGGCGCAUGCGGAGCCAUGGAAGCCGCUUGACUCCCUCUCCCUUGACCGGCUUGGGCUGGGCGCAUGUGCGCUGCGAUCCCUCCUCUCUCCCUCCCCUCUUGGAAGCUGCCCGGGCGCUUUCUUCUCUCUACCUUUCCCCUCCCGCUCUGACCCUCCUCCCCCCUCCUCUUCGGCAUUUGCUCGCGCUCCCGCCUCUCGCCUCGGGCGCGAGCGUCGGCCAGGCAGGCAGGCGAGCAAGGAGGCAGGCGAGCAGGAGCAAAGAGAUAGCGGCAGCGGCGGCAGCAGCAGCCGCCGCCAAGAUGGAGUCGCGGCUGCAGCUGCAGGGAGCCAGCAAGCGCGUCUAGGGCUCCCUCGCCGCUGCUGCCUUCCAAUCCCUUUGCCCCAUGGCCUGGCCUCUCGCCGGCCACCCCUCGGGUUUGCCCUCGGCCUGCGCCGCGGGGCUCCCGGGGCCGGUCCGCUGCCAGUGAGGAGGUGCUGCUGGUGGUGCUGCUGCUUUCUCCGCCCGCGCCGGAGCGCCCCUUUCCGUGUCUCCGCGCCCCGCGCUCUGAGCCGCCCGGCAGGAUGCUUCCGUCGCAGGAGGCCUCCAAGCUGUACCAUGACAACUAUAUGCGGAACUCGCGGGCCAUCGGCGUGCUCUGGGCCAUCUUCACCAUCUGCUUCGCCAUCAUCAACGUGGUGGUCUUCAUCCAGCCCUACUGGAUCGGCGACAGCGUCAGCACGCCCAAGCCGGGCUACUUCGGCCUCUUCCACUACUGCGUGGGCAACGAGGGCAACAACCGGGAGCUCUCCUGCCGCGGCUCCUUCGCUGACUUCGCCAGCAUCCCCUCCGGCGCCUUUAAGGCGGCCUCCUUCUUCGUGCUGCUCUCCAUGGUGCUGAUCCUGGGCUGCAUCACUUGCUUCGCCCUCUUCUUUUUCUGCAACACGGCCACGGUCUACAAGAUCUGUGCCUGGAUGCAGCUGCUGGCAGCUCUCUGUCUGGUGCUGGGCUGCAUGAUAUUCCCAGAUGGCUGGGAUUCAGAGACCGUCAGGGACAUGUGUGGGGAGAAGACGGGGAAAUACUCGCUGGGUGACUGCUCUGUGCGCUGGGCUUACAUCCUAGCCAUCAUCGGCAUCUUGAACGCUCUCAUUCUCUCCUUCCUGGCCUUCGUCCUCGGCAACCGGCAGAAUGACCUGCUUCACGAGGAGCUCAAAACAGAGAACAAAGAUUUUGUUGGCACUGCGAGGAUAUAAUGUAGAAGAGGCAGGAGGGCCCCCUCUCAUCGGUAUCUGGAUUGGACUCUCUCCUCCCCUCUCCCUCUGCCUUUCCUUUGCUGCUGCUGCCAACUGGAAAAAACAUCCAACUCAAAGCCUCGGAAUCUGCCGACCUCACCUGCGUGCCACUUCCAGCAACGCAUCCAUCCAUCCCUCAUGAUUCACAGCUUUGGUCCCUGCCUCUCUGCCAAUCAGCUGCUGACGGAGGGAGGUUCAAGACAGAUACCCCGCAACCCACCCUGAACCUGCUGCUUUUGGGGAAAGGAAACACACAUACACUGUAAUGUUGUGUUGCGAGGAAUGACAUCCCUGGAAUUUUUAAUACAUUCCUUCAACAGGAUUCCAGCCUUUCCGGGAAGAACUUCCAGUAUGCUCCUUCCCCUGCCCGAUGCCCUUCCCAAGAACCAAGAGCUGGUGCCAAGAUGCCACUGCUGCAACAGACUCUGUCGGGGCCACCUCCUUGCCUCGUUUCCCCCCAUUUUUAAUCGUCCAGCAACUUUGCCCACCCUUAUGCCCAACUGGGGCUGCCCAGCACCUGAGACUGGCCCAUUUGAUACUUUUGUGUGUAAAUUAAAUCGUCUCUGAACAGGGUAUGGUGAGCCCAAAUCCCCUGCCUUUGGGGAUUUCAGCCACCAGAACUUUGCAUUCUCCACUCAUUCUGCCCAGGUAAUGCAGCCAUACCUUGAGGUUUGCAGAAGAGGGGGUUGGGGGUGGAAGGGGGCUGGUCAGCUCAUUUUUCUCUGCUCACCGCGGGGUGCAAACAUCUCAGCUGCAGGGUGACUCUUCUAACACUGAAUGUAACCCUUGGCCAGGCCCCUCAGGCAAGCAAAGGAUGGAGCCCCAUGUGGGGUAAGGGUGGGUGUGAUCCCUUCCUCUUGCCUGCUGCCAGGGUCAACACACCCUCCCAGGCCCUGGCCCCAGUUCAGUUCUGAGGCUUGUGCCAAAUAUUUCCCUCAAACAUGGUGCUUCAUCCCUCUGGGUGGAUGCAACAUUGCAGCUCAGGGGAGCAUGGGUGAAAGUAGGAAAUGGGGCAGAUUAGGGUUCACUUUCUGCAAUACCAUCCAGUAGGCAAGAGCACGUGGGCCUUGUGCUUUCCUGCCUUCUGCAGGAAUGAGCUUCCCAUGUUGUUGGUUAAUCAUAAGAGGCAAAUGUCGGCGAGAACCCUAACCUCCCCUCUCCCCAAAAUGUGUGUUCCCAUUCACACGUCCAUGCUUUCAGUGACAGUCCUAGAAGACUACGACUGACAUUUGUUUCCCUAGAUCAUAGGACAACCGUUCCCUUUCAGACAGCAGCGUGGCAGCUAAUGCAGACCCCAUGGUUGGAGCUGAAUGAUGCAAGAGUUCUACAGGUACAAACAUUUUGCCCCAUCCAGGUGUAGCCAUCGAGACUAUAGACACACACCCCUCUUGCUACCAGAAGCAGAACUAGGCUUCAGGCCAGAGCUAGGCCUCAUAUUAAAGAGACUUCCAGAUUAAGGUGCAACCCAACUUCACCUUGCACCACAGUGGUCCAAGAUGAUGACAUGGAUGCAGACACCAUUUCAGCCUGUGCAAAGCCCCUUCCUUUCUCAAACCCCAAGAGACAGCAGCUAUUGGCAUUACAGCCCAGGAUUAGCAUGAAGCAAGCAACAGCCACCUUGCCCAGGAGCACCUUUUCUCACAGCUAAAGAUAUGUGAGGGCUUGAAGAAGCAGAGAGGAUUUGCUCCAUCUACAGAUGUAGCCAGGAAAGUGGAAGAGGCCAAGACAGGGAGGGAGGGAAGGAGGCCAGAAGAUAGAAGCAAGAGCUAGGGAGGAGAUGGCCCAAGACAUGUUGAUGCCUGAGGUAGAAAAUUCAAAUGGCAUUCUCCAUGGUAGUAAAAUUCUGAACUAAAUAAUCGAUCAUUUGCUGCCCAUUUGUGGUACUCCAAUAUAUUCUGUUUGAGGUAAGUCACCUCAUGCUGCCUAACUGCAGGGCUGAUCCUAUGGAACAAGUGGCAUGAACUGAACAGAGAAGAGGGCUUAGUCUGAAUUUACAAACACAAGUGCAAGGCAGCUAAUAGACCAGACAAUCUGUUGGAGCAGCAAGGACUGAGGACUCAACUAGAAGUGUCAGUGAGAGACCCAUGGCUGGAGUGGAAUCCAGUCAGGAUCAUGGCACUGGGGGGAGGUUAACCCUUUCCCAAUAAAAAUCCUCCCUCAUCAAAACUUUGCCCUGUGGGUGGAAGUGGAUAAUUUCUAUAUGGGUACCUGUAUAUUUCCUUCCCCACAAGCUAAACCCUGGCUUCAGGGGACUGUUUUUAACUGGGGGGAAAGGGCUAACCCUCUCACAGCUCUGUGGUUCUGGUCAUAUUUCCCUUCUAUAUAGUUGCUAGUAAGUUAUUAACCAGAUUAAUGAUCUGGUUGGCCCUGAGGGAACACAAAGGGCCAAAUUAUACACUAUGUCGGACUUUUUGCCAACCUUUGUAUGCGGGAUCCCCCACCACCAGUGGGCAACCUGAUACAGAUCAGGACCGGGGGGGGGGUUAACUCUUUGCAGUUCCGAUUUGGAUGAGCUUCCCACCAUUGCUAGUUGUGGAAGAACCCCACAAAAGCCAAUAAUGUUCAGGUGACAGAACAUGUCAUUUGGCCCAGACCAAGAAAUGAAUGAAAGCCUGAUGAAUGUAAGAGGCCUAGCACUUCACAGUGACUGGAGCAUGAUCAUGUCACAAUGUUUGCUCAACUGUAGCACUGGGAGGCCACCAAGAAAAUGCCAAUAUGAGCCUAAGGAUACUGCUGCUAUGUCCCUCAAGUUCAAGUCCGCCAAGAACCAGUUGCACAUCUUGUGGUGCGACACAAAAAAGUGCCAAGGGAAUUUGUUUGUUCACGGAGGCAGUGAAAGGCCUCUGUUGGGAGCGAGCCUCCCUCCCACUCAAAGAUCACAGCCAAGUGAGGAAAGACAAAAUACAUGUGAGUUAAACCGGUCAAGUCCACUCAUUAAAGCCACAGCUCAAAACAUACUUACCUGGGAGUAUUUCCACUGAACUCUCUGAUAAUUUUCCAAGUAAACACACAGAGAAUUGGGAUCUAAAACCUCAGAUCUCCACAACAUACAGGAAUCAUUGCCAAGAGAAAAAGUAGCCAAACAAGCUUAAGGGCUUCCACCUUAUCGGCCCAGGCACACAAACUCCUUUGUAUUCCACAGAUCUCAGUCCCACCUUCCCAGUCAGUCAUUCUAGGAGAGUCCCAAAUAUAUAUUGCUAAAGGAUUGAGCGGCUUGGAAUGAAGGAGCUAGCCUGCCACUCCGUAAGUCCCCACCAGGGCUCCUUCGCAUGCUGUGAGCUACCAGAGCAAGAGGACCCUGCAUUAGGCAGUGGGGUCGGGGAGAGCAAGGUGCACACGUGCCCAAGUUAUGCAUCAUGUGCCAGAGAAAUGAGAUCGCAGUUGAUGGAAAUGGCAAGAUAGGUGGAGAAGGGAAUACAGUAGCUGUAAUAUAUAUCUGUAUUUUAGUACAAAAAGUUUGAUACAGUGUUUCACAAAACCUUACCGGAAAACAUAAAAUUCAAGAUGGAUUGGACCGGACCAGAAUCCUGUCACAUCAGUGGAAA